AUAUGAUUCAGUCCUGUACGUGAAUUACUUUGGUUGGUCAGAGUGAACAUUCAAUAAUGAGUGGUGCAGCUUUGGGACUCGAGAUUGUUUUUGUCUUUUUUCUGGCAUUAUUUCUACUUCAUCGAUAUGGAGACUUUAAGAAACAGCAUAGACUUGUGAUUGUCGGAACACUGCUAGCUUGGUAUCUCUGCUUUCUUAUUGUCUUUAUACUGCCUCUGGAUGUUAGUACGACGAUAUACAACCGGUGCAAGCAUGCUGCUGCAAACUCAAGCCCUCCUGAGAAUAGCAACAUUACAGGAUUGUCUGCACCUGCUACCCCAGUUGCAAGCCAGCAUCCAUGUUUCAAACCAUGGAGUUACAUUCCUGAUGGAAUCAUGCCAAUUUUCUGGAGGGUAGUAUAUUGGACGUCACAAUUUUUGACAUGGAUUCUUUUACCUUUUAUGCAGUCGUAUGCAAGAUCAGGAGGGUUUUCCAUAACUGGAAAGAUUAAAACUGCACUGAUUGAGAAUGCAAUCUAUUAUGGCACCUAUUUGCUGAUUUUUGGAGCAUUUUUAAUUUAUGUAGCCGUAAACCCACAUUUGCACUUAGAAUGGAACCAGCUUCAGACAAUUGGAAUAGCUGCUGCAAAUACAUGGGGUCUGUUUCUUCUUGUGUUAUUGUUAGGGUAUGGUUUGGUAGAAAUUCCUCGGUCAUACUGGAAUGGAGCAAAAAGAGGUUAUCUACUUAUGAAAACUUAUUUUAAGGCAGCCAAGUUGAUGACAGAGAAAGCAGAUGCGGAAGAGACUCUAGAAGAUGUCAUGGAGGAGGUUCGUAAAGUGAAUGAAAGCAUCAAGUAUAACCACCCACUGAGAAAAUGUGUUGACACAAUACUUAAAAAGUGCCCUACAGAGUAUCAGGAAAAAAUGGGUAGGAACAUGGAUGAUUAUGAAGAUUUCGAUGAAAAGCGUAAUACCUACCCAAGUGAAAAAAGUUUGGUGAAACUACAUAAACAGGUUAUUUAUUCAGUUCAGAGGCACCGUCGAACUCAAGUACAAUGGCAAAUUCUUUUGGAACAAGCAUUUUAUCUAGAAGAUGUAGCAAAAAAUGAAACUAGUGCUACUCAUCAGUUUGUUCACACCUUUCAAUCUCCAGAGCCAGAAAAUAGAUUUAUCCAAUAUUUUUAUAAUCCUACAGUUGAAUGGUACUGGGAAUGUCUUUUGCGACCAUGGUUUCAUAGAAUACUUGCUGUGGUUUUGUCCAUCUUCUCUGUGAUUGUUGUGUGGUCAGAGUGCACAUUCUUUAGCACUACACCUGUCUUAUCCCUUUUUGCAGUCUUUAUACAGCUGGCUGAAAAAACAUACAAUUAUAUUUAUAUUGAGAUUGCUUGCUUCCUUUCCAUCUUCUUCCUAAGUAUCUGUGUUUAUUCUACUGUGUUCAGGAUUCGUGUAUUUAACUAUUAUUACUUGGCUUCACAUCACCAGACCGAUGCUUACAGCCUUCUUUUCAGUGGCAUGUUAUUUUGCCGUUUGACUCCUCCUUUAUGUCUUAAUUUCUUGGGUUUGACACAUAUGGAUUCAUCCAUCUCUCACCGGAAUACGCAGCCAACUGCUUAUACAUCUAUUAUGGGUUCCAUGAAAGUUUUAUCCUUUAUUGCAGAUGGAUUCUAUAUAUAUUAUCCUAUGUUGGUGGUAAUUCUCUGCAUUGCUACUUAUUUUAGUUUGGGAACUCGUUGUUUGAAUCUACUUGGUUUCCAGCAGUUUAUGGGAGAUAAUGAUAUGACAUCAGAUUUAGUCGAUGAAGGAAAAGAAUUAAUUAGACGAGAGAAGAGAAAAAGACAAAGGCAAGAAGAAGGUGAAAAUCGAAGAAGAGAAUGGAAAGAACGUUAUGGACACAAUAGAGAAGACUCCACUAGAAAUAGAAAUGUUCAUAUUGACCCAAAAGAAUCAGACUUCUCAGAUAUAAAUACCAACCGAUCAUCCAAAUAUACCAGAGCUAAUAAUAGGACUGAAAGGGACCGAAUAGAACUCCUACAAGAUGCAGAACCUUUGGAUUUUAAUGCAGAAGCAUUUACUGAUGAUCCUCUUGAAUCUGAAUCAGGAAGGUAUCAGCCUGGUGGACGAUACCUCUCAAUGUCUCGCAGCAGAAUAUUUGAUGAUGUAUAAACUCUGAAAGAAUUUAUGGAAUAACUAACCAAAAUCAGCACAUCAGUUCAGUCUUUAUGAACAGCUGUAUAUCCUGGAAUUUACACUGUACUCUCAGUGAAGUGUCAGGAUAAAAAAGACACUGAAAAUUAAUCACAUCUUAGUAAUAAUGGCUUAUUAUUCAUUGAAUAGAAUCUUAUCUUUUCUAUUAGGAUUUAUUACCUACCAUUCCUGAAGUGUCUGCCUUAGAAGUACAGUUACAGUGGAAGGAUUUAAUUCAUGGUAAAGAUCAGUAUGUAUGUUGAGAAGACAUAGUUCACUUUGUUUCAGAUUUUUUUUCAGGAAAAUUGUUUUAAGGGUCCAAGGAAGCCAUAAGUCAAACUAAAUAAUAUUAUUUUGAUUUUAUUAUUUUGGUUUUACUAUUUUGAUUUACAUUUUUGCUCUUUCUAAGGAAUAUGUUUAUCCUAUAUGUCCCCCAAAAUUGAAGACCUCAAUUAUUAACCAUAGUUACAAAACCCAUGUCUUAAAACAAGGUUUACUUACCAGAUAAAGCUAAAUGUAGAAAGCUUUUUCAACUCUAUAUGCAUAUUAGUGAGGUUUUCACAUGUACAAUUAAGAUACUUCAACCGAUAGUGUUAAUAUCUUUAGCAUGUGUGCGAUAAUCAGGUGAUGUAUUAUUCUUUCAGUCUUUGGUAGUAACUGGAAAUUGGUUUAUGCUUUUGAUAUUGCUUUGUAAAGAUUUUCAUUUCAGAGAGAAAUGUUCACCUUUAUCGUUUAGCAUGUUGAUUUAAAUGUUGAUCUUUCCAUUUAAGGAGAAGCUUGAACAUUAAUGGUGAAUCAUGUUUUGUUUUUUUUUGAAUAACCAAAGAGUCCCACAAAAUUCUCUAAUUUUUAAAAGUGUCUGUCUGCUUUUUAAAAAGGAACAUCUAGUUAUUCAAAGGUAAAAAGUGAAUCGAUUUACUGUUAUUACUAACACUUAAAUUGUGGUUUGUAGAUAACAGAAAACUGCAGGCAUACCUUGAAGAUAUUGCGGGUUUGGUGCCAGGCCACCGCAAUAAAGUGAGUAUCACAAUAAAGUGAGUCAUAAUCUUUUUGCUAGUAAAGGGUCUUGCCUUCAGUUUGUAAAAAGCAUUCACAUCUGUGGGGCACAGUAAAGCGAAGCGCAAUAAAUGGACAUAUGCAUGGAUAUUAGAAUGGAAACAUGUAAUAACUUGUUAGUUAAACAUGCUGAUUAUUUUAAAUUGAUUUUUUUAAGUUUUGUGUUUAAGCCAGAGUUAGGAUAUUACAUUUUAAAUCACAAGUGUUUUAUUACACAGCGAAUAUAGUUGAGCAAAACAUGCUUGCAGGGAGUUUUUUAUGUCUCUCUGAAAUGUUUGCAAGUCUUAGAAGAUCCAUGGAUUCACCCAACGGUGAUUAUACUUGAGCGUGUAAUUUUUACUGGUAUUCACUCGUAAGUAUCUCAGUUUGAAGAUGAAUUAUAUAUUCACCCUAACAAUAUGAUUAUAUGUUUCUCGAAGGUAGUCUUUCCCUGAAUUGUAAUAUAAAAUUUUUGAUUGUCCUCUUUAGUGUUACCAUGUAAAUUUUUUAAAGACACAGUUCUGUUCAGAUACUGAAAGUAAUAGUGUAUUAUCCUAAUUAUCAAUUUUUAUGAUUUUUGAAAUUAGAUCCCCUUUACAAUAAUUAUCAAUGGAUAGAUUUUACUCUUAAUCGAAGGUCAUAUAGAGUGUCCAUUUGAGAACACACACACACACACACACACACACACACACACACACACACGGACAGUCUUUUAUUAUGAGGUGUGGUUAGAGAGCAAUAGGCCAAGAACAAAGAUAAUUUAAUACUGCAUGUUACUUCAUAAUUGACCAUCGAAUACCAUGGAUAAAUCAAGUAACCUUUUAGUGCCUCAGUUUCUUCAUUUACGAAAUGAAGAUACUUGCUAUUUACUUACCGAUCUACCUCACAAAGCUAUUGUGAGGGUAUUGAGUUGAUGUUUAUAUACUGAAGUUUAAAAAGAGAAUAAAAUUGGUUGUUAGCUGUACUGUUUUUCCCAGAGUUAUUUGAAGAUGUUAGAUGGGAAAACGAUCACCCCACAAAGGGGUCUAUUUCUUAUUAUUACAGAGAAUCUUACACGUCCCCAAAGCAAAAACUCUUUUGGGAAUAAUUCAUCAAAAGUCCUGUGAAAAUAGUAUUGUUUUAUUAUUUAGUCUUUGGAUGUACUUUGGAAUAUUUUCCUUAAGUAUGAUGUUGUUUCUCAUCAGGUUUUGUCAUGAAACUCACGUGCUGUUGUAGAAAUAGAAGUAGGAAAAGAGAAGAAAUUAUCAAGUUACUUUUAUAAAUUAUAAUCCCCUAAAAUAAAUUGAUAGGAAUGUGUAAAGGAAUGUACUACUUUCCUUUAUUAUUAAAUUUUUUAUGAUUAAAAUAAUCAAAGCAUUAUACUUCACAAACAGUAGAUUCCCUUUAUGACUUUUGAGUUACUUCCAAAAAAUUUUUGGUUGUUUAAGUGAUGCAGAGUAUUCAACUUUUUAAGGAGCAUUUAUCUUACAGGAUUUUAUAUAUGAUCAUAUAGGAAGGUUACCUGGCUGGAUAAAUUUGAGUUCAUAAGGUAAUGAUUUAAUCCUUGAAGACUAAGAGUUUGUUGCUGGAGAACUAAGUUACUAUUUAUUAACCCAUCUUGUAUAAAAAACUGUAGUAAGAACAAAAGUUUUUUGAGAAGCUUAUUAAAAUGUAAUGACAUCUACUGUAAAACAUUACUACUAAAUUAAUACAUUUUACAUACAAAGUACAUUUCCUGAAGAGUUACUUCUGGCAGUUAGCUUUUGUUGUCUUUUUCUUACAUAAUAAUAAAUAUCCAAUUAAAAUUUCUAAGUUAUUUUUCUAAGUAAUUGUUAGGUAAGGAUAUUCAGUAAGCCAAUAAUUCAAAAUAACCAUUGCAGAAAGUAAUAAUUAAUAAUUUAUUAUUUUCAUGAAUCACCUGUAAGUUACUAAUUAAUUUUUGUUACUACAUCAAAAAUCAGUUAUCAAUAGAGCAUUUUUGUAAAAAUCAUUAAGAUAGGAAACAAGGUAUAAGCUAAUUAUUAGAAUUUGUUCUCUUACCAUAUGAAUACCAAGGUUUCGGAAUAAUUUCAUCACACAAGAGGCCCUCGUUUCACAAGAGUGGUAAUAGCUAAAUCAGAACAUUCAAGAGGUUUCUGUUUAUAUAGAACAGAUCAGAGAAUUUGACAAUCCAGACCUUCAAAAAGAAAAAAAAUUGUUUUUGGACUCUACUGUUUAAUUAAUUAUCAGUUCUUAAAUUUAUACCUUUUGCAUACCCAAAUGAAAUUAAGUGUGAAUGGGAAAGGCAAUGUAUGUUUUCUUAAGUAUAUUUUAGCAUAUUAAUAAAGGGAUUUCUUUUAUGUACAGUA